UAUUUCAGUUUAUCGUUUUGUUAUAAUGUAGCACCUAAAUAUGGUGAUGCCUGUUGUACUGACUAUUCUUAUUAUGAUUUGAUUUAAAAAAUUCAAAAACAAUAUUUGGAAUGGAUUGGGAGGAGGUUGCUAUCUCUGAACUUUAUCAACGCUUUGAAUCAAUCUACAGGAGCGUAGACAAAGUUGUGUAUCCCGGAUUAUUCAAUUGUUUACCGCAUAAUGGAAAUGGGUGGUCACCACUAAAUCGCGGAAUAGCCUGUUUGACCGGAGGAACGGAUCGUUUUGGAUCUCCGAUCAUAUUCAUUCCCAAUAACGCGAGAUUGGAUGAUACAAGUGAGAGUGAUUUCAGAGGAGUAAUCAAAUAUCUCGUGGCAGCAACAAAUGCAUCGUCUGCAGAUGUCGGAUUUGUCGUGGUGAUCGAUAGUCGCCAGAGCAGAUGGAGUUGUCUUGCGUGGAUUUUACGGAACGUUGCGACAAGUUUUCCUGGAGAAUUAAAGAUGAUUCUUGCUCUAAGACCAACAAGUAUUCUUCAUGGCACAUUGUCAACGAUUGCAAUGCGUUAUCAAAAGGAUGAAUAUAAUUACAAGGUGCCGAUUGAGCUCCUGGGCCAAAUUGAAAGUAUUUGGCCGUGGAUUGCAAAAUCGGAUUUGCCCCAGGAAAUUGGUGGACUGGCAGAUUACAACCAUACAGCCUGGCUCAAGAAACGACAGUUGAUUGAAAAUCUGGCAACAUUGCUGAAGAGAGUCAUUCAACGAUGCAAGUCAUAUUCUGUUGAAUUAAUUAACGAACACAUCGUUCCAGAGGAGAUUUGUGAACAGAAAGUUGCUCUUCAAAAUAUCGAAUGUGAACGAGUGAUGGCUGAAAUUGACAUGCUGAACAAAGAAGGCCACAAUGCUUUAUUUGAUGAAAUUUGGCAAACUGAAAUGACAGACAAGGAAUCCGUGAGUGUGAGUGUAAAAGACAUUGCACAUCUUCGUUCUCUAAUAUCGGAGGUCAAAGAUACGUUCGGAAAUUUUUGGAAAACUUAUGAAACAAAGAGAGAUGGAUACUUGCAAUUGAAAUCUUUUGAAAAGAACUACAAAAACGCUGCAUCAAGGAUUAGUUGCCUGAUUGAAGACUUAGAAUAUGAAACAGGAAAAUCAGAAAUGACGAUUAUUGGAGACUUUGAAACUAUUCGAAAUCUAUCUCAUUAUUCAUCACAGGAAAAAACAGCAGACAUGUGCAUACAAGCUUGUGCUGAUGGUGAAGGUCUAAUGCGUGAUCAUCCAUACGCCGUAGAUUGUAUAAAACCGAAAUGUGAAGAAUUGAAAAGAUUGUCACACUGUUACCAGAAUUUAAUGGAUGAGAAAUUACAAAAUGAUCUAUUUUUAAAUCGCAUCAAGGAAUCCAUUCGAGAGGUAAAUGAGUGGAGUAACGCAGGUAUGAAAUUACUUUCUGUACAAAAUCUGGAGAAAGCUAAAUCUUCUGUGGGUUUAUCUGAAGCAUUGGACGAAUUGGAAUCGUUUACGACCUCUAGUGUCGCGCUGGAUAUCGACGCAUUACGUAAAUCAUUAUUGGAGAAAAAUCAAGUGCUUGAUCACGUUACUAAACCGCUGGACGAAGCAAUUUCGCAAUUUGAUCUUGUUUUCGAGUUAUUUGAGAAACGAAAAGCUAUCUUGAAACUUUCAUUGAACACCAGUGAACCCGAAGCGGAUAAAUCUGACAACCGAAAUUCGAAGAAUACAACUGCGAAACCAGACAAUACAGCCAUCGUGUAUCCGAUUCUACAAAAUGGCGAAGUAGCCCUUCCCGAAACGGUGUAUAAACUACGACAAGUUAUCAACGAAUUAGUGGAAACAGAGAAAAAGUACGUCGAAGAAUUGCAAGAAAUUGUACAGGGUUACGGUCACGCGAUAGAUGAUCCAACAAUGAGCGAAUUUAUUCCUGAAUCAUUGAAAGAAAAUCGUGGUUUAUUGCUCGGCAAUCUCGAACAAAUUCAAAAGUUUCACGAAGAACAUUUGCUUCCAAGAAUUAUCGAAUGCGGAAAUGAUGAAAUCGCCAUCAGUGAAUUAUUUAUAUCGAAGACUUCAGAUUUUUCACUUUAUUAUGAAUACUGCCACGACAGCAACAAGAGGAAAUUAUUCCGGAAACAAAUUGGAGAGAACCAUGUUUUCUUUGUGGAAUGUCAACGCAGAUUAUCGCAUCGACUACCACUGAGUGCGUACUUGCUAAAGCCUGUCCAGCGUAUUACAAAAUACCAACUAUUGUUACAGCAAAUGCAAAAAUACAGUGAAAACACGAAGUCAUCUUCAAUGAAGACAGCGGUUGAUGCAAUGAUGGAUGUCCUGAAAAAAUUAAAUGACAGCAUGCAUGAAAUAUCUAUAACAGGAUUCCAGGAAGAAUUUUCUACACUUGGUCGACUUUUGAUGCAAGGGCCAUUUCAGAUACAAAUGGAAUACAAGAAACAAAAAGUGAAGGAUUUUGCUCGAUCGAAAUUUAACAAAAAUGUUCUAAGACAAUUGUUUCUUUAUGAGAAUGGAUUGCUGAUUUGUAAAAAACGCGAAAUCGGCGAAAACGAACAAGAAAACGGGAAACCAGGACCAAAAUCGAAAACUUCAGACAUUCAAAAUACAUAUCAAUUUAAAAAACAUGUAAAGGCGAGUCAGAUAUCCGUGACUGAAGUUUUGAAAGGUUCACCGAGCAAGUUUAAAAUCCACUGCAGAGAGGAAGAUGCUGAAAUAAUUGUGACAACUCCUUCAAGUUCAAUCAAGCAAAAUUUCAUAAAAUCGAUACAAACUUGCAUAAACAAAUAUCGAAAAAGUAAUCCGUCUUGUACUUCGCCCAAAAGAGUUACAAACGCAAAGAAAAGGCUGGACCCUGCAACCAAACCCAAGACUGCGACAGCAUCUCAGAAUCGUUCAAAAGUUCAGCGAAGUAAAUCUUGGGGAAAAAGUGCAACACAAACUUCUUCCAAGUCAUUUUUAGACAGACAGAAAAGCUUCUCAGUUCGAGAAAAAGUGAACUCGAAAUUGGUCAGCAAAGUUGACAGACUCGGCCAUAAAGACAAAGCCGGAGAGAGAAAAAGUUCUGAAGAAGUUACCUUCGGAAAUAUACAUGGUGUGGAUAAGUCGCCGGGAACAAUUGCAUCAAACGAAGAACAACAAAAUAAUGCUUCUGAUGUUCAGCAACCAACAACAGAGAGAAAAAAGAAAAGAAAAAAUUCAACUAAACAGUCUCGCAGUUAAACUGAUGUUUUAAAUUCGCAAUAUAUUUAUUAUUCGAUUUGUUUACUUAUUAAGUUCCUUUGUUAUACUGUAAUUUUUUUCAAAUCAAAAUAAAAUAUUAAGUUUAAAUGUAGUUCGA